AUGGUUUUCUAUGAUUUUUAUAUUAAUUUUAAUCAUAAUUGCUCUAUAUUACUUUUUUUCAAUCUCUGCUAUAUGAAUUCAGAGCUUGCAUAAAUUUUCAUUUUCUAUAUUUUUUGUUUUUCUUAAUUCCACUAUGUUUACUUUCAGGAUGUCAAUUCCAUCAAAAUUAAUUUUUAAAAUCGAGGAUGCUGCCUUAUUUGUAAGGAUUAGGCUGUGAUUGUCAAAUGUCUCAAAAUCCUUAUUUUAAUUCUUAAAUAUUGUAUAAUAAAUAUUAAAGAAUUAAUGUCUGAAUAAUAAAAUUAGCAAAAUCCAAAAUAAAGAAAAAUUUGAUAAGAAAGCAAAUAAAGAAAAGCAAAAGUAAGAGUAAGAAAAAGAAAAAGUAGAAAUCAAAUAGGAAUCUAAUAAGACUAAAUAGGAAUCCAGUAAAGGAAAUUAAAAGUAAAAUACAAAACCAGUUUAAUAAUAAUUAAAAAAUGAAGAAUAAAUAAUAUAAUAAUAAUAGGCUGUCAUUGAUAAAUAAAUUGUUUAAAUUGAUGCAUCAAAGGAAUAAAAUAAGAGAAAAGAUUUUCUUUCACAUCUUCCUAUAUUUUAAGAUUAUAGUUCUGAAAGUAUAAAAUCAGUGAAAUAAAUUGAUGUAAAACUUUACUUUAAGUAUAGCCUUACACCUUACAUCAUUCUUUUAUUGAACUUUGUAUUUAAUAUCAAAAUGGAUAAUGUAUAGGAUCUACCCAUCGAUGUGUUGAAUUUCUUAAUGCAUUAAAAUAAUUCAGAAAGGAUUAUAAAUUAUCAAGAUAAUCAAAUUAUUUUGCAAUAGCAUUUUUAGAUGAAUUAAAAAAAAUCUUUAAUUUAAUGAAAAACUUUCUUUCGAACAGUAAAUGA